GCUGCAAAGCUGUUCCUGGUCGCUGGCUUGCUUGCCAGUGGCUCUUAUGCUUCGCCCAUCCAGGCAAGAACUCCUUAUGCUGUCAAGGACUCGCACUUUGUGCCCUCAAAGUGGCGUCAGGUUGCCGCUGCUCCUUCGACUCACAACAUCGAUCUCCGCAUUGCCAUCAAGCAGAACCAGUUCGGUGAUUUGGAGAGACACUUGUAUGAGGUUUCUGACCCCGACCACUCCCGCUACGGCCAACACCUGAGCGAAACCGACGUCAAGAAGCUCGUGCAACCUGCCGAGGACUCUUUAACCCUGGUCCAUGAGUGGCUGGCCGACAACGGUAUUGAGACUGGAGACCUUUCUUACAGCGCCGCAAAGGACUGGAUCAAGGUUUCUCUUCCCGUCAACAAGAUUGAGAGCCUUCUCGACACCAAGUACAGCGUCUACCGCCAUGAGGAUGGCUCAGAGACUGUUCGCGCACCUGAAUGGUCUCUUCCCGUUCAUCUUCACGAGCACAUUGACACCAUUCAACCCACAAACUCGUUCUUCCGCAGCACUCCCAAGGCUGUAUCACUCGAGGUAAACAAGGUUGGUGGCGACUACUCCAAGGACGUUACGUACCACCAGGACCCCAACGUUACUUCGAUUUGCACCCCUCGCGGAGUCACACCUCUGUGCAUGAGAACCCUGUACGAGACCAUCGAUUACAUUCCCCAGUCUGCUGGCAAGAACAAGAUGGCUCUUGCCAACUACCUUGGUGAGACCAACAACCGUUCCGACACUUACCUCUUCCUUGACAAGUUCCGUCCCGAGGCCAAGGAAGCAGCCUACACCUUCCAAUUCGAUGUCAUCAACAAUGGCAGUACAUCGCAAGAGGUCGUACAAAGCAGGAUCGACAUUGAAGGUGAUCUCGAUGUCGAGACAAUGCUUGGAGUGGGUUGGCCUACGCCUCUGACUGCCUACGCUGUCGGCGGCUCUCCUCCUUGGACUCCCUCCAAUGGUACCACUUCCAACACCAACGAGCCCUACCUCGACUGGCUCCAACACGUUCUCUCACAGUCAGACGACGUUCUGCCUCAAGUCGUUUCUACCUCUUACGACGACGAAGAGCAGACCGUCCCUCCAUCCUACGCCAAGCGUGUCUGCGAAGACCUUGCUCAACUGGGUGCCCGUGGUGUUUCCGUCUUUUACGCCUCUGGCGACAGUGGUGUCGGUGGCUCGGGCAGCUGUAUCACCAACAACGGCAGCGGCGCCAAACGCUUCACUCCAGAAUUCCCUUCCACAUGCCCCUACGUUACUUCUGUCGGUGCAACCAUGGACUUUAACCCUGAAGUUGUUGCUUAUCACUCCUCUGGCUAUGCAUCCGGCGGUGGCUUCUCUGACCUUUUCCCUCGUCCUGCGUACCAAGACAAGGCUGUCAAGGCUUACCUCAAGACCCUCGGCGAUAGAGAUGCAGCUUACUUCAAUGCUAGCGGAAGAGCAUACCCCGAUAUCUCCGCCCAGGGAAGUUACUUCGCUACCGUCUGGAACGGCACCGAGACUCUUGUGUCUGGCACCUCGGCUUCUACUCCCCUGUUCGCCGCUAUCAUCGCUCUCGUCAACGAUGCACUGAUUGCCAAUGGCAAACCCACUCUUGGCUUCCUAAACCCUUGGUUGUACAAGAAGGGCUACCGCGCUUUCACCGACAUCAUCAGUGGUUCUGCCGUGGGAUGUUCGGAGAUUGGCGAUGGCAAGGGCUUCNNCCCUGCCGCCGAGGGCUGGGAUCCCGUCACUGGAUUCGGUACUCCUAAGUUCAGAGACAUCAUUCACCUUCUUGGGGCCCAUGGCUUUUGGAAUCAUACCGGAGGCUUCAGC